AUGACUGGUGACUCACGUGACUAUCUGAGACAGUAUGCUGACGCGAUUCAUUAUGCGCAUGCUUUGACUGGCGAUAUGGACUUUACUGACCUGGGUCAUGCAUUAAACAUGACAUGCGCCCUGCAGCAACAUAUCGUCAGUUUGAUAUCCAGAGAUCUUAGAAAUUUAGGAGGCGUUAUAGAGAUGAGAAGGAGAGGUACAAAUACAGUAAGUGUUCAGGAAGCAUAUGUAACAGCUCAACAGAGUAUGGACACCGAGGUGGAUUCACAACUAAGUGAUGAUCAAAACAGUGUUGUUGGCAGUGAGAAUAUUGAGAAUGGAGAGACAACAAAUAAUCAUGAUUUUUGUGGACCAUCGAAUCAGGCAGAGGAUGAUACAGUACCUGCUAACAGUCAAAUGAGCAGUACCUGCAGUAGUUCUACUUCCCAACAAGCAUACGAAUCAUCAAGUGAUGAACACGAGUUAACUACUAUAGACAAAUUAUGUGAAUGCUUACGUGGUAGUGUUGUCGUCAGUGACUCAACAGAUUGUCUUGCCUGUAAACUGAGAAAGGAGGUUUACUAUGAAACGAACGUCACCACGGUUUGCGCGGCGUGCCCGGGAGUCCCUCGUCUUUGUUCAUUGCCAUGUUUUCUAUGGUGGCACAUUUUUCAUAUACCGACAUCCCGCACUCAACCAACAACAACAAUCCGAUCCGAACAAACCGGUACAAGAAUAAGAGAAUCAAAUGACCAAGUUAUGGUUUCAGAGUCCCAGGUAACUGAUCAAUCGAGUGAAUUUAGAGCGUCUGAGGAAUCAGUCCUCCAACCUUGCACAGCAUCCGUACGUCGGGUAGUCGGAAAAAGAAGACGACGUAAAGCAUCCCGAUAUCGUUAUGUGAGAAGGAAAGUCCAGCCUAAAAGUAAAUCCAGUCGUCCAUCGUAA